UCGACUGUGUGUAAAAUUUACUCGAAAAAAUCUUCAGAGUUUGUUUACAUACGAAUGCGGUAUUUAUGUUUACAUAAAACCGGUGUAGUAUUUUCAUUAGUUGCUUAUAUUCUAUAUAAAAAUAAUAACGAUAAAAUUCUUUAAUUACUACUGAUCUUUAUUGUGCUUCGCUAAAAGUGGAGAGAUUCGAUUUAAAAUCAUUUUACACAUAAAGAAACCCAACCUUUUUGUCAGUGUAUAAACACAUAGUAUACUAACCACUUUUUGUUGACUGGUUGCAAACUUCUGUAAUUUUGACAAUUGAUCCUUUUUCUUGUUUUCCUAACAUUAAGAAUAAUAAUGAGUGCAUAAAAUAACAGUCAGUUAAUAAUAGUGAUUUUUAAUAAGAAGAUUAUAUUUUCCGAAGAGAAGAACGAGAAGAAAUUUAACGAUUAUUUAUACUCGCAGGUGGAGAUUGUGGGAAAAAUGAAAAAAUUUAAACGAGCUCAGGCUGAGAAUCGGGCAGCAAUUGAAAAGCAUUUAGAAUCAAAUGAAUUUUUAGAUUCCUCGAGUGAGGAAGAGGAUAGCGGAAAUGUCUUAGACGAAGCCGUAGGCAAAGUUUUAUCCUCAUACCAAGUUGAAGGUGGUGAUACGGAAAAAACUUUGUCUUAUUUGAGCGAAGUUUUGCAGUCAGGAGGAGCCAUUUGUUUAAUCUGUAUCUCAUCAGUUAAAAAGACAGACGCGAUAUGGAAUUGUUAUGAAUGUUUUACUUUCAUGCAUUUACCAUGCAUUCAGCAUUGGAUUCGUGAUAGUUUAACUUAUAAACGGGAGAAGGGAAUCAAUCCUCAGUGGGCUUGUCCAAAGUGCCGGACGGAAUACAAAGAAAAUGAAAUUCCAACAAAGUAUACAUGCUUUUGUGGAAAGUCGAUCGAUCCUCCCUAUCAACCAUGGUCGAUUCCUCAUUCCUGUGGUGAGGCAUGUGGCAAGUACCUUCAGCCGAACUGUGGACACAAAUGUCUACUUCUCUGCCAUCCGGGACCUUGUCCACCGUGUCCAAAAACCGUCACUGUCAAGUGCUUUUGCGGUAAGCAACCAGCACGGCCUCGUCGAUGCAACAUGAAGGAAUGGAGCUGUGGAAGCAUCUGCUGUAAGAAAUAUAAAUUAUGCGCUCACAGUUGUCAGAAAGAUUGUCACAGAGGCGAUUGUCCACCAUGUACUGAAAUUGUACUCGCUUCAUGCAACUGCCAAGCUGAAAGUGAACCUCGACCCUGCAACGAAUCUAUUUGGUUUUGUGACAAGCCUUGUGGUCAACGAUUCCCAUGCAAUGUCCACUUUUGCGAAAGUCUUUGUCACAAAGCUGGCGACUGUGCGGGAUGUCCGGUUGAAAAGAAUCGCACCUGUCCUUGUGGCAAGAAAAAGUACUCCGUCUCCUGUAAACAGCAGCAAGUUCCCACUUGUGGAGAUACUUGCGGAAAACUUCUAGACUGUGGUCAACAUUUUUGUAACAUGAGAUGUCACACUGAGAAAUGUGGACAGUGUCUGGAAGUGGUGAUGAAAACCUGUCGCUGUGGCAGUUACCAAAAGGAAAUAGCCUGCACGAAGGACUUUCACUGUAACAAAAAGUGCACCCAAUGGAGACUCUGCGGUAGGCAUCAUUGCAACAAAAAAUGUUGCGACUGCCUGAUUAAGAAUACGUUCAACACUUGCGAGAAGGUUUGCGACAAUCAAUUAAACUGCCAGAAGCACAAAUGCGCUGCGCCCUGUCACAGCGGUCCAUGUUAUCCUUGCACUAGAAUUGAUGUAAUUCAAUGCAGAUGCGGAAGCAGCAAAAUCACCGUUCCCUGCGGAUCUGUCAAGAGAAUCAAACCACCAAAUUGCAACAAACUUUGUAAAAUUCCACCAGUCUGCCAUCAUCCAAAACGCGAAUCGCACAAAUGUCACCGAGGCGCUUGUCCUCCUUGCAAGAAAAUUUGCGGCCUCGUUGACAAAAGAUGUGGACAUUCCUGUCCUGCAAUUUGUCACACGAAAGUUUGGACGAAAGUCAAGAUUAAUGGAGAUGUGCAACCCACUGCCCCCUGGGAUAAUAAUCGGAAGGAGCAUUGGAAAAUGAAGACACUGCCUUGUCCUCCCUGUGAAGUCUCUGUUAUGGUUACUUGCCUUGGAGGUCAUGAAACUUUACCCUGGCCUUGUCACAAGGCAAUUCCCAGCUCAUGUUUGAGGGAAUGUGGACGGCUACUGACUUGUACAAAUCAUAAUUGUGAGAAACUUUGUCAUAAAGUGGAUGUGGACGAAAAUGACGAAAACGAUGACGAUGAUGUGACUAAUGAAGAUAAAUGUAUGGUUUGUGAGAAACCUUGCGUCUUUCCUAGACCAAAGGGUUGUACUCAUUCCUGCAUGAAAGUUUGCCAUCCGGCUCCCUGCAAUCCUUGUAAACAACUGGUUCGAGUUGGAUGUCAUUGCGGUAUUAAUUUCCUCUACAAACGAUGCACUGAACUCACUUCAGCGAAUAAACAGCAGAAGGAUGAAAUUUUGAGAUGCGGUAACCAGUGUCCUAAAAAUUACUCUUGUGGGCAUCGUUGUGUAGAUAUUUGCCAUUCUGGACCCUGUUUAAAGGAGGAAUCCUGCAAUAAAAAAGUCAAGGUCUGGUGUAAGUGUAAAAGGCUUAAGAAAGAUUUUUCAUGUAUUCAAAUUCGUAAAGGCAAUGGAAUCGUGAAGUGUGACGAUGUUUGUCAGAAAAUAAAAGAUGAAUUAGAGAAAGCUAGGGAAUUAGAAAUUGCGAAAAAGAAUAAGGAGGAGGAACUGAAAAAUCAAAGAGAAAUAGAAAUGUUUGAAAAGAAAUUUAAACCAAAACGAAAAAUGAAAGAUCGAUCGCAUCUUAACGAUAAAUCAAAGUCUGGCUCAAGAAAUUGGACAAGAUAUGGAAUUUUUGCUAUGGUAGUCCUACUAAUUGCAUUUGCGAUCACGCACUAUUUUUUAAAAAUUUAAUUUAAAGAAUCGAAUGCGAACAUUUUAUUUAAAUUCUAGAAAUUUAUGACACUUUAUUAAAGAUACAAAAGUGAUAUUUAAUUAUUUUCAAACUGCUUGGUUCUUGAUGUGAAAUUUCAAACCUUAAUAACAAAUUUUUUAUUUUUUUUUAUAAAUGAUUGCUCUAGUGAAGUUUUAUUAGUGCAUUGAAUUUUUAAAUUACGUACAUUUAAGCUCUUGAAAUCGUUUUUCGGAGAUUAUACAUUUUUUUAAGACUGUGAUACAGAAAAUCGUCCGAUUCAUCAUGCUUUUCACUGACUUCUCCGUAAAAACAAAGUCUUCAUUUUAGAAAAAAGUGAUUGCAUCAAAAAGUUUUGAAGUCUUUUUAAUUUUGUAAAACUAACAUCGGAUUCGAAAUCAGUGACCCCGAAAACCAAGUAACAAGUUUCAAUUCAAUCUGAUAAAUUUGAAAAAAUUAUCCUCCAUAUUAGAACCGCCAUUUUGAAUUUCGAAAAACUGACCUAGGAUUAGUUCUUAGUGACUCCAAAAACUUACUAAAGUGCUCUUGAUUAAUAAUUUUCUUAAUUAGAAAAAUGUAUGCGCAGGCACAGUGCCUAUAAAUACUGAUAAAUAGCUACAAAAUUGUUUUGCACCGAUAAUUAUUAGCUUAAGUUUAAAAAGCCUAAAAAUAAGAACAAACGCAAACAAAGGUCCAUUUAUACAUUUCAAAAGCACGUAUUUUUACAGUGUUCCAAAAAGUUUUGUAUCACAGUGUGUGCUUUAUAAUCAAGUAGACAAAUUUUGCUACAACUUUAACAUC